AUGGCGGUGAAUUUUGGAGACUUUGCCAGCGGGUUCCGCCACAGCGAGGUGAUCAGCUUCAUCAACAAUGAAGUCCUCAGUAAUGGAGGCGGCUCGGAUUUCUACACUGCCUUACGUUCGCAGCCCUGGAACGAGAUAGAGGACCAGCUACGGGCCAUCGUGACCGACCCUCAGGUACCGCAUAAUCUCAAGAGGGCAUAUACGUGGAGCGCAUUGGCCUUGAGUGUGCGUGUGGCCGCGAGGCAGCGCGAGCAGCAAGUGCCCCAGCUCCGGUGGCUGCAGCAGAGGGUGCAGGAGCGCGAGGCAACUUCCUGGGUUCUGGCUUCCCAGUUGCAGCAGCUGUGCAAGGAGCGCGACCAGGUGGCCUCCAAUCUACAUCAUGCACUGGCCACACUGCGGGAGACGGUGGAUGAGCGUGAUAUGUUGCGCCAGCGACUGCGCCAGGUCGAGAGAUCAGCUCAGGCCAAUCUACUGCCCCAGGCAGUCAAUCCUGUGCGGAGAGAUCAGCAACGUGGGGCCACAGCGUGGCCCAUGAAUGCAGAGGAACAGGGCGAGAUGGUAACUACAGGGGCACACAGUAUGCCGCAUUUGGAAACCCAGAUGGCAACCCUGGGAGCUGAGCUUUACAUGCCGGGGCCUUCAAGCCCCUGGGCCCAGGCCAUGCAACCACCUCUGCCAGCGCCAGCGCCAGCGCCAGCACCACAUCCAUUCCCAGUCCAUGGGCCAGUCUCAGUCCAUGCGCCAUUCCCAGUGGGAUUUCCAUACUCGACACCUCUACCUCCGCCGCCGCCGCCACCAGUCGUCAUGGAAGCAGAAGGAGCAGUGGGAGGAAUGGCAGCAGCAGGAGCAGGCGUGCCCCAGAUACCUCCUUUGGGGAUCUACCCACCUAGCCUGUGUGCUGCAGUGGAAACCCAGGAGGAGAUGGCCCCCCUGUCUGACCACAGUUGCUACGGUCAGUGCGAAUGUCCCGAGAAUCUCCAGGAGGAAUAUGCCCUGGGGGACAGCACAGAUCUCAACCAAGACGAAGAUCUUGUGUAUUCCCAGAAGGAAUAUCCAGUGAUGCCCCAGGAGGAGUACCCCUUGGGGGCCAGCCAGAGCCACAGCCAAGAAGAAGGUCCAGAGAUGCUCCAGGAGAACUACCCCUUGGGGGGCAGCCAGAGCUACAGCCAAGAAGAAGGUCCAGUUAUGCCCCAGGGAAGGAACCUCCUGGGAAACAGCACAAGCCACAGCCAAGAAGAAGGUCCAGAGAUGCUCCAGGAGAACUACCCCCUGGGGGCCAGCCAGAGCCACAGCCAAGAAGGUGGUCCAGUUAUGCCCCAGGGGAGGAACCUCCUGGGAAACGGUACCAGCCACAACCAAGAAGAAGGUCCACAGGUGCCCCAGGGGGAGCACCCCAUGGGGGCCAGCCAGAGCCACGGCCAAGAAGAAGGUCCAGUUAUGCUCCAGGGGAGGAACCCCCUGGGAAACAGCGCAAGCCACAGCCAAGAAGGUGGUCCACAGGUACCCCAGGGGGGGCACCCCGCGGGGGCCAGGAAGAGCCACAGCCAAGAAGGUGGUGCAGAGAUGCCCCAGGGGGCCAGCAGGAGUGGCGCUGUGAGAAAAUGUCCAAGGAAACAACAGCCUCUGGGGCAGAAGCCUGGGCAACCAAAAGGGGUAAGAGCCCCAGAAUUCCUGUACCCGGAGCUGCUUGCUGCACACUACAAUCUGCAGAACUGGUAUUGUCCAUGGUGUAGAGCGGUUAAUUUUUUAUGGCGCAAGUCCUGCUAUAAAUGCAAGAGAGUGAGUAUGUCAUUUGGGAAUGGAGGCGUGGACCCACGACAAACUCAUUUCAGGAAGUGUGUUCCUCAUGGCAAGUUUGCUCAAAGACUGCAGUUUAAAUCUGCAUCUUCCUUUUGUCCCACCGAGGUGAAGGAAAGGUCAAUGUCAUUCACUGUGGAAGAGCUCCUCCUCUUCCAGGGUUACCAAAGAGUGGGAGGGAGAGGAGCUUUUAUGUGGCUUCGAUCCACUGUGAUCAUCCCUGGCACUCUGUCCAAUUCCACGUGGUCACUUGCAGACAGGCAUGUCUGCUUCUCCAGGCCAGUGGGGGUUGGAGGUAUCUCCCCCUGCUGGAAGCCCUGA